AUCCACUAUUCCUUAUUAAACGCCCGACGCCAAAUAUACAUAUAAUAAAAUAUUUGUCACAACUGUUAAAUUUUGAAACGCGAAAUUCCAUAAUUGUAAAAAUUUCAAUUAGUUAAAUUAAAUUCUAACGUAAAUGUACAUACAUACCAUCCAUAUGCACCGAAAUAUUCACAUACUUAAGUAAUUAACGAUUAUAUGCAUCAUAGUAACGGCAAUAUAACAAACAAAAAUGGGGACACGAGCUACCGACAGUGCAAAAUUUGCAGUUAUAAGCCAUGGCCGACGAAGAUGAGAAUAAGCAAAAGAAGCAUACUAUCGAAAGUCUCUUCCACUUGUAUGCAAACAAUAAUAUCAACACCUUAGACUUAGAAAAUGAGACAUACGAAACCAUAUUAUUGUCCCAGAUCGAUUUUUGGUUGGAUCAAGCAAAAUUAUUAAAAACGGUAUUCACGAUGACCGACACUGGCAUGGCUUAUAUGAAAUUCAAAAAAUGGCGUUUAGACUUCGAGGAAUUUUUGGAUUUUUUAAACAUGAUUUGCCAGGGUAAAGAAAUUAAGAUUGAUGACGUUAAAAAAGCGCUACUCGAGGCUGGUCCGCCUGGUGGUGGCACUGAAAUUGUUGUCGUGAAAUAAGUUAUUGUCCGAGUGGACUCACAUCAUUUAAAAGUAUCACAAUGUUGAACAUUUCGCUACCCCAUACUAGGAAUGACAGUGAUCAGAAAAAUCCAAUAAAAUUUACAAUAAGUUAAUAUAUUUUGUAAU